GUCGCGAGUCCAGCCAUGUCCACCGAGGGAGACGGAGCCGAGGCGGCCGCGGGGCUGGCAACGGCGGCGGCGGCGGCCGAGGAGGCGGCGCCCGCGGAGGACCCGGCGCCGAAGCCCGCGCCGGCCGAGGCGGCCGCGCCCACGCUGCGCUGCCUGCUGCUCACCGGCUUCGGCGGCUACGACAAGGUGAAGCUGCAGCGGCGGCCGGCCGCGACCCCCGCGCCCGGGCCGGGCCAGCUGAGCCUGCGCGUGCGCGCCUGCGGCCUCAACUUCUCCGACCUGUUCGCGCGCCAGGGCCUGAACGACCGCCUGCCGCCGCUGCCGGUCACCCCGGGCAUCGAGGGCGCGGGCGAGGUGGUGGCCGUGGGCGAGGGCGUGGCCGACCGCAAGGUGGGGGACCGGGUGAUGGUGCUGACGAGGUGGGGCAUGUGGCAGGAGGAGGCCACAGUCCCCGCCACCCACACCUUCCUCAUGCCCGAGGCCAUGACCUUUGAAGAGGCUUCGGCCCUGCUGGUCAACUACCUGACAGCCUACAUGGUCCUCUUCGACUUCGGUAACCUGAGGCCUGGCCACAGCGUCCUGGUGCACAUGGCUGCAGGCGGUGUGGGCAUGGCCGCCCUGCAGCUGUGCCGAACAGUGGAGAACGUGACCGUGUUUGGGACGGCCUCGGCCAGCAAGCACGAGGUGCUGCAGAAGAACGGGGUCGCCCACCCCAUCGACUACCACACUGCAGACUAUGCGGCCGAGAUCAGGAAGAUCUCCCCCAAAGGAGUGGACACCGUCAUGGACACUAGGGGCGGGUACGACACCGCCAAGGGCUACGGCCUCCUCAGACCCCUGGGCAAGGUCGUCUCCUACGGGGUGGCUAACAUGCUGACGGGCCCCAAGCGGAACCUGGUGGCCAUGGCCCGCACGUGGUGGAACCAGUUCAGCGUCACGGCCCAGCAGCUGCUGCAGUCCAACCGCGCCGUGUGCGGCUUCUACCUGGGCGCGCUGGAGGAGGACACGGAGCUGCUCCGUGGCGUGGUGGCCCGCCUGGUGGCCCUGUACAGCCAGGGCCACAUCAAGCCCCACAUCGACUCCGUCUGGCCCUUCGAGAAGGUGGCCGACGCCAUGAAACAGCUGCAGGAGAAGAAGAACGUGGGCAAGGUGGUCCUGGUGCCCGGGCCCCAGGAGAACUAGUGCGGCUUGUGGGCCUGCCUGUCGCUGGCCCCUGCCUGCUGCUCUGUGGCCCUGCUGGCCCACGCGGGCUGGGAAGCGAGCACUGGGUGUCCAGGCCCUGCCAAGGGGCAGGGCGGGCAGGAGGCUGCUGCUCCCGUGCCUGCUGCUUUCGUGCCAAGGUUCAACCCCGCCUGCCCUGUGCCCUCUGCCUUGCCCUCCCUGCCAGCCGCUCCCUGAGUGAGUCCAGCAUGACCCCGUCCCUCCCGCCCGUCCGACCCCAGCUGCUUAACCCUGACUCGGUCCACCUCCGCCUCUUCGGGGUGCGCCCCCCUCUUGCUCCGCCCUGAGCCCAGGCUCCCAGCGCCCUGCCACUGAGGCCUUGCGACUGCGCUCACACCGGAAACCUGUGCUGGGCGGGGUCCAGCCCGCUCCGCCCCGCCCUAGUGCCUUCCCCGUCCAGUCCCAGGGCUGGGCCCGUUCCCACAGCUGCCCCAAAGGCCCCUGAAGCAGCCUGGGAGGAGGAAGAGGCAGGGGGGUCUCAGCUGGGGACAGCGCAGCCCGAGGGGGAGGCAGGACAGGUUCCCUUGCGGGGUGGGAGAUGGUGAGCAGAGGCAUGGGGAGCCAAGGGCCUGGGCUGCGGCCCCCACACUAGGAGGGCAGGGAAGCAGACGGGUGGCCUCGCGUGGGGUGUGCCUGCCCCUCUCAGGCACAGCUGCCAUUGUGUUUGUGUCAAUAAAAAGCCAAACCCA